AUGAGCUUGAAAGAAGUAUUCGAACAACAUCCAUGGAGGUCAUUUAAGAAGUUCAAUGAAGCUGCAAAGAGUUGGGGAUUUACUAACAGAGCUGAAGUGAAAAGGUUCUUUGACAAAAAUGUUGUACAUCAAACAAAAAUAAACCCUUACGACUACUUUUUACCAAUUUACUCCAACACUCCUGACGCAUACCAAUUUGACACUCUCAUUCAAAGCAGAAAAGGAGGACAUAAACCAUUCCUCAUCUUCAUUAAUGUUAACACUCGUAAAGCAUAUGCAUAUCCAAUGAAAAAUAAAGGAACUCGUGAAGUGUUAAGAGUUUUACAAAAGUUUGUAGCAGAACAUAGCCCAAGUACUUUAACAUCAGACCAAGACAGUGCAUACCUCAGCAAUGAAAUCACAGAUUUUCUCAUUAAGCAUAACAUAACUCACUACACUACUGAAGACCAUAACCAUAACAUACUCGGCAUCAUAAACCGCUUCAUAAGAACGCUCAGAGAUUUAAACCAAGAGCGAGACUUUACCGAAGAAACAAUGAAACAUUUUCUCGAAGUAUAUAAUUCCUCAACACAUUCUACAACAGGACAUACACCAAAUUCAAUGACACAACAACAAGAAGAAAA